AUGUCUUCGGUCCUGGGACUCAACAUCGCUACUCUGCGGGAAUGGUACCCUCCAGUGACGAGGGAGAACUGGAGGUUCCUGCUCACCAUCUUCCAGUGGACGUACCCCAUUCUCGGCGCGGUGCAGUUUGUCACCACGUUCUACCCCAUGGGCAAAACAUCCGUCGCCAGCCGUCUGAACCUGCCCGGCCGCCUGGGCUGGUUCACCAUGGAAGUGCCCGGCUUCCUCACCCUCCUCUACAUGAUGCGGACCUUGCCAGCCAUCCACGGCAUCGAGGACCUCCCCUGGCAGAACAAGGUGCUCGCCGGGCUGUUCGUCAUCCACUACCUCUACAGAGCCGUGGCCUACCCGUUUCUGCAGCCGUCCAUCUCGCCCAUCCACCCCACCGCCUGGCAGGCCGCCCUCCUCUUCCAGCUGCUCAACGGCGUCAGCCUGGGGGGCUGGCUGGCCGCCUACGGGCCCACGACCGCCGCCGCGUGGGAGCAGGCCGUGCCUACCCCCCAGUUCGUCGCCGGGGUGACCGUCUUCUACCUGGGGCUGGCUGGCAACUACUUCCACGACGAGGAGCUGCGCGAGAUCCGCCGGAGGGAGAGCCGCAGGGGGAACGCGGCCGCGAAGCACUACCGCAUCCCCCAGGCGGGGCUGUUCAAGUACAUGCUGUUCCCGCACUACUUUUGCGAGUGGGUUGAGUGGUUCGGCUUCUGGAUGGCCUGCGGCUGGGGGUGCGUGCCCGCGCUGACCUUUUUGAUUAAUGAGUUUACCACCAUGCUGCCCCGGGCUGUUAGCGGGAAGCGGUGGUAUGCGGAGAAGUUUGGCGAGGAGAAGGUUGCGAAGAAGUGGGCUGUCAUCCCGGGUGUCUGGUGA